GUUCGGGGUGCCCCCCACCCACCCCGAGAGGGCGAGGACCCCCCCCCCGGUCACCCGUGGGGACAGAGGAGGCGGAGCCCGGCCGGGGUCAGUCCCGAGUGACCGGAGCGCGGCCGGGGCCAUGUGGCUGUACGUGGCGCUGCUGGCGCUGGCCUGGGCGCUGGGCUGGCUGCUGCGGGACCGCCGCACGCUGCCCACCGUGACCGACAAGCACGUCUUCAUCACGGGCUGCGACAGCGGCUUCGGCAACCUGCUGGCCCGGCGGCUGGCCCGGCGUGGCUACCGCGUGCUGGCCGCCUGCCUGACCCCGCAGGGCGCAGAGAGCCUGCGCGGGGACAGCGCCGGGGGACACCUGAGGACCACCGUGCUCGAUGUCACCCGCUCCGACAGCAUCCGCCGGGCCGCGGAGUGGGUGCAGAGGGAGGUGGGGGAGAAAGGGCUGUUCGGGCUGGUGAACAACGCGGGCGUGGCCGACCCCAUCGGCCCCACGGAGUGGAUGGACAUCGAGGAUUUCCGCCGGGUCAUGGCCGUCAACACCUUCGGGGCCAUCGAGGUCACGCUGCAGCUGCUGCCGCUGCUGAAGCGCGCGCGGGGCCGAGUGGUCAACACGUCCAGCGUGCUGGGGCGCAUCUCGGCCAACGGCGGCGGCUACUGCCUGUCCAAGUUCUGCAUCGAGGCCUUCUCGGACAGCCUCCGGCGGGACAUGCGGCACUUUGGGGUCAAGGUGAGCGUGGUGGAGCCGGGCUUCUUCAAGACCAACGCGACGGACCUGGCCUCGCUGGAGGCGUCGCUGCGGCUGCGCUGGGAGCGCCUGGAGCCGGCCACGCGCAGCAGCUACGGGGAGCACUUCUUCCCCCAGUACCUGCGGGUGCAGCGCCUGCUGCUGUCGCUGCUCUGCGACCCCGACCUGGCCAAGGUGACGGCGUGCAUGGAGCACGCGCUGCGGGCGCGCCACCCGCGCAGCCGCUACAGCGCCGGCUGGGACGCCAAGCUGCUCUGGCUGCCGGCCUCCUACCUGCCCUCGGCCCUCGUGGACCUGGCCCUGGCCCUCAUCCUGCCCCGGCCGGCCCAGAGCCGCCGCUGAGAGACCCCAGACCCACUGAGAGCCCCCAGACCCAAAAUAAACCCCCCCCAAAUAUGGGGAGUAAACCUCACAAACUCGUCUGUCCUGGCUUGGGUUGGGGUUGGGAUUUGGGGACAUUGAGGUGGCACUUGGAGGUUUAUGGACAUGGCCCUGGCCCUCAUCCUGCCCCGGCCGGCCCAGAGCCGCCGCUGAGAGACCCCAGACCCGCUGAGAGCCCCCAGACCCAAAAUAAACCCCCCCCAAAUAUGGGGAGUAAACCUCACAAACUCGUCUGUCCUGGCUCUGCUUGGGGUUGGGAUUUGGGGACAUUGAGGUGGCAC